GGGGCGGUAGCGGGACGAUAGAACAAACGAAAGUCAUGCAACGCUCCUGCCAACUCGUGAUAGCCUCCAUAGCGGUCACUACCGCUGCGCGGCUCCUCCGGGGUCCCGUCCGGGCUCCAAUGUCCUCGCUAACACCGUCGCCUUUACCGUACUUAGCCUUAAACCGAUCUAGGUCUUACACCUCUGUAAAUUCAGACCGUGGCUGCCAGUCAGGAUCCGCAUAGCCUUUCCAUUUGAUUAGCAACUGUCGUACCUAUCCACGGCCGACUCGCUUCUUCUCCGCGCGAAGGAUACGCUCGACUUCGUACUCGGCGUCAGUUUCCUCCGUUUAAGGCACUAAUGGGGGUGGUUGAGUGU